AUGCGCGCAGGUGUCACGAAGGCGAAAGCGGUUUCCUUUUCUUCUUCUCGAGGAAAACUACAAGGUAUCGACAGGUGUGCCCCCACCGCCAGUCACACCUCCAAAAAAAGGCACCGUCCUGUUUGUUUUGCUCUCCUUCUUCUCGAUGAGAAAGUUGGAGGCUUUGUUCUCGGCGCCAAACGGUUCCAGGUGUUGCCAGGCAGGUAUUUGAUCAGAAAUCGUGGUCGAGAAAGGUUUAUUCCAACUUUAAGAUUGCCUUUUUUCAAAAAUUAAGAGGUUACUGUAGGCGUUUUUUCUGCAAUUUUGCUGGCGGUAAGCUUUCUUUUGAACGUUAGAAGCUGGAAAAAUUGCAAAAUUCACACCUUUUUUUAAAAAUUUAGAUGAUAUAUAGUUCAACUUGAGUACAAAUUUCGAACUUUUUACGGCGGAGAUGACCGUGUGUCAAUAAUUAUGACGCACUAAUAUGAAAAAAAUUUUUUUCUCCAAAUUUUUUUCUGAAGACCGAAAGCUCCUAACUAUCGCUUCUGUUUGGCCCUUCUAGAAGCAGAUUUUUUUAAAUUAAAAAAAAUUUUAAGUUUUUGACUUUAGUCCCAUUUGCGCUAUCGCCUUGACGGAUCUGUCCACAGAAAAAGAAGAAAAAAUGAACUGUGUCAAUAAUUAUGACGCACCCGGUUGAAAAAUUCUCUUCUUAGGAAUCCCAGUUCUAAGGUUCUUAUAGCAAAAUUUCCCAGUUUUUACUUUUUCUUUAGGCUCCCUAAAGUUCUCAACUUUCAAGUUAUGGACUUUAAUCCCAUUACGUUAUCGCCUUCACCGAUCUGCCCAUAGAGAAAAAAGAAAAAAAUGAACUGAGUCAAUAAUUAUGACGCACAAGGUAGGAACAUUUUCUUCUUAGGAAUUCCUGCUCUAUGGUCCUUAUAGCAAAAGUUCUUAAUUUUUUCUUUCAUUUGACGCUUCCUGACAUUUCAAAUCUUCAAAAAAUCCAAGUUUUGGACUUUAGCCGCAUGAACGUUAUCGCCUUUACGGAUCAGAGUGAACUUUGAAAAAAACGGAUUUUGAUGUUUUUUUCUUUUCAGACUGACCCAUACUCAUGUAAAACUCUGAGUUUGGACAUCCGGUGCUUAAAUUUACACUCGAAGGAUCUUCUCACUUCUCAAGAUAUCUCAUAAAACUGGAUCGAGCUCCACUUAUGGGAGACGAAGACGAAACCGGAAGACGAGAAGGAGUAAUGAGCGUGCGGAGCAACUCUUUGGAGCAGCAGCGGCGGAGCAUUUGCCCUGUGGCGCAAUUAGAAGCAGCUGGCACCACAUAUGGCCUCUCGAACGACUUAUCCGAUUCACUCCAGCCAGCCGCCAUGCCCAAUUUUUCAGUACGAGUUUAUCAAUGAAACCGGAAAAAAAAAUCGGUGGGUGUGGCUAUAAUUAUGACGCAGAGGAGCCUUGUCUUCCAGGUUUGCUGGAGCUUAUCUGAGAAGUUCUGGAGCAGUCUGUAUCUGCGCAAUGUCAUGUAUCUCAACUUUGGAGCUCAGUGAAGGGAUUUAUCAGAACGAGUUUGAAUUUUUGACGUCAUCAAAGGGUUCUAACUGAACCAAAAAGCAGAAGACCGGAAAGUGUAUGCUUGGAUGGGAGCCGGAAGCAAGUCUUGGCCAAGUUCUAGCCAAUCUCGCUUCCUCCUAGAAGCUUGGAGGAAGUUACCUGUUGGACUAUUAUAAUAAAGGUACGCAUUUAUUUGUCAAUCACCGGCUUAGGAAUGAUUGCUUGCCUCGGGCACAGCCUUCCACUUGGCCAAUUUUACGGUUUUGUUCCUCUUGACCGGCAUAUGGACCUCCAGAUCUUCUCCUGUUCUUCGUUUUCGAUUCCCAGUAGGCAUAUGGGCAAUCUGUUUCUCCAGGUGUGCAAGCCGUCCUCUUUGAAAACAACGCGCCUCGGAAAAGACACCUGGGAUCUCUCGGCAUCCAUGCAGCUUGCCCAUAUGGGCUGCGGCUGGAAAAAAACAGGCACACAACAAGGCGAAGUCGGCUGA